GCGAACGCACGCGAGCAGCGCAGCAACAGCUAACAGCAACAGCUAACAGCAAGGCAGCAGAAGAACUCAAAACUCCUCCGAGAGCAACUUAUAUAACGACUGAUUAGCCCGGAGUUUGCUUUAGUUAUUCGGUCAACACUCGACGGUCAAGUUCGCAGCGAUCUCGCGACUUGCCAAACAAAAAAUAAAUCACAGACCGCGUUGCCAGGAAGUUUUGUCCGUGGCUUCGACAAGGAACAACCGACAACCGACCACCGCCAACCGCCAACCAAAUUCAAGUGCAACCUCCAAUCCACACCAGUGUGCAAUGUGUGUAAUCAGCAAACAGUGAUCAUUUACAUACAUGAAUAAAACUCAUCUCGAAAGUGAAGCGUGACUCAGCAUCGAUAGCCGAACAGCCCAACAGCCGAAAACCAGAAGAACAAAACAAUCCGAAAGGAAAGGAUACUUUUCGGUCACUUCCAAGACUCACGACCCCACGUUCCGAGUCACAGUUACAGUUGCAGUUGCAAGUUAUUCUGGCCAAAUACAGCGACGAGGAGGCCCGAUCUGGAGUUCGAGAGGAUUGAAGACACGAAGGCAAACAGUUAAGACAAAAUGUUUCUACGCCGCUGCACCUUUCUGCUGCUGCUCUGCCUAAUUGCGAGUGACGCCGCCAGCGCCGCACGCAAAACAAAACGUCCUGUCAAGCCGGUCAAGCAGACCAAUCCGCGCACCAAUGUGACGCCUUCGCCGCCGGCGGUCGCAGCAUCUGGUAGCUCCACACCCGCCAGCGUUACAAGCACCACCACCACCACGGAAGGAAGCGGCGACCAGGAGGCAGCCACAGUGGGAUCUGGAGCUGGCAGCGGGGAACUACCCAAGCCCCUGGCCAUGCCCGUAGAAGCUCAGCCAGAGGCGAAGACUGACAAGGCACCAGCCGGAAUUCAGGAGGAGGAGUGCGAUCCAGAUAUGAUUGGCUUCGAGAUCAUUACCGGCUAUGUGCUUUCGGCCCCCUCAAAAAUGCUGGACACUUUGCCCGGGACCCUGAUGCUCACCGACUGCUUGGAGGCCUGCCAAAAUAACGAGUCCUGCAACGCUGUCAACUACGAAACCGGAUUGUGUGUGCUGUUCAAGACGACCGCCGAUAAAUUGCCAGGUUCACUUUCGCGCUCGCAGUUUCCGGUUUUCACCAUCUACGCACAGAAAUCGUGUUUGGGCGUGCGUCCUUGCUCGAAGGCCUGGUGCAUCGAUCGCGUUCAAGGUUAUCGCCUCCCGGAGCACGUCAAAUCUAGUCAGACGGUUCUGUCGCGACGCGACUGCUUGGAACUCUGCUUGGGAGAGACCGAAUUCACAUGCCGAUCGGCCAACUACUACCGCCACUCGGGCCUCUGCGAGCUGUCCGACAUGGACCGUAUAACACUAUCCGCUGGCGGCAGUGUGGAACCCUACGAUGGAGCUGACUAUCUGGAGAACAACUGUGCUGAGGAACCCAGCAAGCUGUGCGAGUUCAAACGGAUUUCGGGAAAGAUCCUGAAGACGGUGGAUUCGGUUUACCAGGACAUCAAUACCAUCGAUGAGUGCCGCGACCUCUGCCUGAACUCUCCUUAUAGAUGCCACUCGUACGACUACAACGACACUGGGGACAUGGUCUGCCGAUUGUCCCAUCACAGCCGCGCCACCUUGACCGAUGUGAUGGAUCCCUACUUGGAUGUUCCAGAGGCAGCCACCUACGAACUUUCGGCCUGCUACAAUGUGUCCAUUGAAUGCCGCUCUGGUGAGAUGAUCACCAAGAUUAGGACGUCCAAGCUUUUCGACGGCAAGGUUUAUGCCAAGGGAGCUCCCAAAUCCUGCGCCGUGAAUGUGAACAACUCCUUGGAGUUUGACUUCCGCAUGGGCUACAACGAUCUGGAGUGCAACGUGCGCCAGAGUGCUUAUGGCAGAUAUAUGAACGACAUUGUGAUCCAGCACCACGACAUGAUUGUCACCUCCUCCGAUCUUGGACUGGCUGUGUCCUGCCAGUACGAUUUGACCAACAAGACAGUGCUGAACGAUGUCGACCUGGGAGUAACUGGAGAGAUUGAGUCUUCCCUGAGCGAAGAGAUCACCAUUGAGUCGCCCAAUGUGAUCAUGAAGAUCACCUCUCGUGAUGGCAGCGACAUGAAGAGGAUUGCCGAGGUCGGAGAUCCGAUGGCCCUGCGCUUCGAGAUCGUCGAACCCAACAGCCCGUACGAGAUCUUCGUGAGGGAAUUGGUAGCCAUGGACGGUUCAGACAGUGCCGAGAUUACGCUGAUCGAUGCUAAUGGCUGCCCCACCGACCAAUACAUCAUGGGCACCAUCCAGAAGCUGGCUCACAAUCGCAAGGUGCUGCUCUCGCAGUUCGACGCCUUCAAGUUCCCUUCCAGCGAAGUGGUCCAGUUUCGGGCCCUGGUAACUCCCUGCAUUCCUCGUUGUGAGCCCGUGAUUUGCGACAGCGAAGAUGGCGCCAGUGGAGAGCUGAAGUCAUUGGUUUCCUAUGGACGCAAGAAGCGGUCUGUGCUGAACGGAACUGAUGGUGCCGAGUUCUUGCUAAGCACACGCCACCGCCGUGAUGUUGGCCCUGUGGAUGAUAACAUACUGCUCAUGCAAUCCAUACAAAUCACAGACAAGUUCGGCUUCCAGUCAGAGGAUGGCACCAAUACCCAUGGAAAUGACAGCGGUCCCCACGAGAAGGCCUAUGCGGGCGUGGCCCAGGACAAGCUCACUUGCCUUAAUGGCUAUGGUCUAAUCCUGGCCGGAGCCCUCUUCCUGCUGGCCCAGUUGAGCAUCUUCGGUAUCUGGAAGACCGUGCAGCGACGCACCAGCAAGGAACGCUACCUAUACCAGCAUGAACCCACGCCCACCAUCACCUACGGAGCGCCCACUAUGCUGUACGGACCACCACCCAACUCCUCCGCCGGAUCCUCGUCCUCAGGAGCGUCUUACGGAGGCAGCGCCAAGGACACGCUGAGCAAGCUCUACGACAGCGGCAUCAACGGACGCUACGGACAGCAGUUCUAGGGGAGAUCUGGGUGGCUCUCGCAGUUAGCUGGGAACACUUAGCUGGGAACAAACGCAAUAUGCCUCGAAAGCUUCAAAAGAUUCGAUGAGACUUGAAUAGAAAAUAUUCGCCUAGCCGCGACACAUGAAAAUCAUUGGAAACCCUAGAUUAAUCCAGCCUAGACUAAGCCUAAAAUUAGUUUACACAUAGAGUUUUGACUCAUUUUUUUUACGAUACGAAUAUCUCUCAAGAAUGCGCGCUUUUUAAUGGCCUGGAAACGCAUCUCCAACAUUUUAAACCUGCGCAUUGCCAAGAAAGGAACCACAAAUCUACUCCACUUCAUCGAAAGUUAGGCUAAUUAUAUGUUUAGUGAAAACUCUGCUUCAUGUCCUCGAGCGAAUUGCAUUUAUAACUAAUUUACUAUUUAUUAUUAACUAUUGAGCUGCUGAGCUGCUGAUAAUUGUCCCACAAAGUUUGCCAAAUAAUUUUGUAUCAAAAUGUUUUGCGCCAGGCUUCUGUGCAAGGCGGCAGUCAAAAUUUUCGAGGCCCCUCAAUCCAAAAUAUUACCCCACUAUUUAUUUGCUGAUCUUAAUUUAUAUUAUUUAUUAGCCGAAACGCAAGGCGGUGCUAAUUAUUAGAGACUUCGGAGAGACUAACUCAUCUCGAGAAGAAGGGAGAAUCGAUAAACGGAAAUUUGAUAAACGAAUUGUACUGAUUAAGUAAAGCAAUAAAUAUACGC